AUGAACAAUAUUGAAAUAUUAUAGAAACUUUUAAUCGAAGAAAUCAUAAAUAAACAAUAUAGUCAAGAAGAGUUCGAGUAAUAUGUUUAAGUUUAAGCACCAGAUAAAGGUAAACAUUUAAAAUUUGACCUUAGACGAUCUUUCAAAGUGGAAUUAUGAAGACUUAAAGUUGUGUAUUGAAAACUUUUAAUCUUCAAAGAACACUUCAAAGCAAACUCCAAAAUAAGAAGAGGAAAUUUACGGAUUCUAAAAUAUUGAUGAGAAAUUAUACUCAGUGAUUGUUUCAAAUUAACAUAAAAUCUAUAUUGUAUAAUACCUAAACUAUGUAGGAUAAUAUCUCUUUGGAUCCCUAUGAAAAAGUUAUAAAGUGUUAGUAAGAGAAAUACCUCAUUGAAAAGGAUGUUGAGUUAUAAUUUUAGAUUUCCCAGUAAACAAAAAUGAUAAUUUAGUCCUUAGGAAGUAAGAGAUUCUGGAUUAUGGUCUUUUAUCACAUAGAAAUAAAUUGUGGUUUUUUCAAUCUAGACAUUUCCAAUGCAAUAUAAGGUCUCAAGAACAUUAUAAGAAUUUGAUGAUCUGAGGAAUGUUAUUUGUCAAUACUUUCCUGAAAAAAUAGUAUGAUAUUAAUCUAUUUAUAGAUUCCUAGAUUUCCUUAUGGAGAAUUAACUAAAUUGGAAGAAAUGCAACCAAUGAUGGACAACAUUAUUCUCUCAAUCAAAGUAAAUUGUUAAACAAUGUUAGAAUUUACUCUUACUUUACAAUUAAAUCCCUUUAAUCAGAACAAUAUAGCCUUGUUUAUGGUUUAUUAAGGAAGAAAAUUAAUAAUUACUUUAAAAAAAGUUAAAAGAAGAAUUAUAUAAGGAAAAGAGAUAUAAAUUACAAUAAAAAUAGACAAAAACAGGAGACAUUAAGGUUUCUUUAUCUUUUGAUGGAUAUAAAAAAUUCUUAGAUUAAUCAACUUAUCCAAAAACGGCCAUUAAUCUUCUUAACCAAAUUAUUUGUAACAUGAAUGAAUUUUGUGCAUAUCAAAAAAAGUCAUAAGAAUUUUUAGGAAAUGCUACUUAAUGUUUGAUGGAAUUAACAAAUACGUUACCAAAAUAUCCUGAACAAAUUAGCCUUAUUGAGUACAUCAAUUUGGUAAAUGAUCAUUUUAAUUAAAUAACAUAAGAAAUAAAUGAUUCUUGUACAUUACUUGAUAAAAAUUUAAAAUUAACAUUUGCAAAAUUAUUAAGAAGUCAUAAAUCCUUUGUUAGAUUACAUUAAAAUGUUUAUGAUAUUAGAAGUAAGUUUGUCCAAGAUUAUAAUAUAUUAAAUAAAAAAAAAGAUGAUCUUAUUAGAAAUAGCGAUUUAAAAACAUUAAUUUAAAAAAUAAUGUAAUAAAAUAAAUUAGAUUAAUCAGAAAAUGACAAAUUAUUAACUGACUCUGAAUACUUGAAAGGCUUUCUUCACGUUCAAGAAACUCAAUAAAAUUAAUAACUUCAAGAUCAGUUAGUUUAUAUGUUAUAAGAAUUUUCUUGUGCUCUAGAUGAGUAAUUCAGAGUUGAUAAGCUUAAAGUAGUUUCAAACUUUGGGGGAUUUCUUUCUUCAAAGUAGAAACUCUGUCAAAAAUAUGUAUGAAUAUUUUUAAAUUAUUAGUGUGAAUAAUGGAACGAUUUAGUUAAUAAAUAUGAAAUGCUAAAAGAAAAAUCGAAUUGA